AUGCCACCCACGUCGAGCCAUACCGAGAGCGAGGCCAAUGGCCAAGAGCCACAGGAUGCAUCAAAGUUCCACGAGGAUCUACCUGCUUGCCAGCUUUGCCGAAGAAAAAAAUCGCGCUGCAGCCGGACCCAACCUUGUGUAGAAUGCACCCGCUCCGGCGCUGAGUGCGUCUAUGAUGAGCGUCGCAUGAAGCCUGGCCUCCGCACUGGCGCAAUGGACCAACUUUAUCGCCGCAUUGAGACACUUGAGAAUAUGUUCCUCGGUCAGGAAUUGCUCUGGCAACAGAUGUGGAAGACGAUGUAUCCGAAUGGGGCUCUAUCAGUGUCUAGCGAUCGACCUAACAAUAUUGAAGAUCUGGCUCGGCGACGAGAUGAUCUCAAGUCUGCUUUGCUUCACACAUUAUCGUCAGUAGAUCAGAGGGACGAGGAACAAGCACACGAGAGUAUGGAGGCAGCUUCGCGUUCAACAAAAAGACGACGCUGCGCGGCAACUCCCACACCCUUCGUCCCAGUCAGCAUGGAUGGCAAUACCGACGGUCUUCUCUCGACCGAGAUCAUGACGGAGCUGGUUGGCUUCUAUUUUAUCAAUAUACACCCUUGGAUACCGAUUCUCCACGUGACAAGGUUUUGGGAGCGUAUGCAAUCUCUAGAUGAGCGUCCCCGUGUUUCUUGCAUCCUUCACGCAAUUAUCGCUGUAUGUGUACGUUUCUCCCAAAGCAAAGAAUUGUGUGAUACAGAAACGAAGGCAUCUGUCGCUGAGCAGAGCAGAAAAAGAGUCAUACUAGCCAGCACCGAUUGUUACUCGGUCGAGCACUUGCAGGCAUUGAUCAUCAUUGCGUUUGAAACAAUUGAGCGAGGACGCGGACCUUCGUCAUGGUCUAUCGUCGGCAGUACUAUCGGUGCGGUAAAUCAACUUCAACUCGGCGUUGAGGAAGACGUUUUAUACCGUUCAAACAAUUCGGGCGAGUCGUUGAUUAGGCGUAUGGUUUUCCUGCCUCCGUCGAGGUCUUGGAGCGAAGCGGAGGAGCGUCGGCGAAUCUUUUGGGCUGUGUUUUUGAUGGAUCGCUUCUGUAGUGUAUCCACAGGUCGGGAGGUAAGUCUGGGUAGCGCCGAUUUGAAACGCCGCCUUCCCUGUGAGGGAGCGGUCUGGGAGAAGGAGAGAGAGGUUUGCGCGCCUUUUUUCGGCAUCUCAGAUUCGAAGGACACCGCAACAACCUCAUCACUUCUAAGCGGUAGUGGAGGGUCGAUAAACUCAGAUGAUGAUCUCUCAAUAGGUGGAUUUGCGUACAAUAUUGAGGCUACCGAAUCACUUACGCUGGUCACAAACUUUUUCCUCGACCAUGCGUUCAUUGUUGCAGAUGCUGAGAAAGCUCGGAUUUGGAUGAUGAAAUUCAAAGAGUUGGAUCUGCGGCUCAUCCAGUGGAAACUGUACCUGCCCCGGAGAUGGCGAGAGGCAUCCGUGCUUAAUUCGGACGGGGUCAUGGACCCGAACCUGACACUGGCGCAUAUCACGCAUAAUACCGCUCUGCCAUCUACCUCAUCUGCAGAAACAUGUCUAGAGGCUGCAUCUGAGAUCGCUACUAUUGGGCAACAGUUCCUCUCAUUAUCACCCAUCUUUACCAACCCUCAGUUUUCUUUUUGUCUUUUUAUUGCCGGGAGAAUGCUCCUAGCACAUGCAAGAUACAACCAAGUCAUUGUUCCAUCUGCUCUCGAUACCUUGAUUGUCAGCCUUCUCGAGAUCUCUCAGCGAUGGACCGGGAGAAACGAGACUAUAGGUUCAAUAGGCGACAACCUCGCCUCGACUUUCGCAAAGCGACUCUCGGAUGCCCAAAAUGACUCUAGUGCUGCCCGUCGCCCGAGUCUAGAUAUCAGGCAAACUGCAUAUUGGGACGAAAGUAAGGAGCAACCUCCAGCGCAACUUCCUACCGGCACCUCGCCAUUUCAGCCUGGUAUACACAAGCCCGGAGCUUCCAAUGGCGAGCCUCAUGCUGGAGACAUGAGAAGACACUCCCCCCAAGAGCCAUAUGGUCUGGAUCCAUUUAGCCUGGCUUUUCCACCACUCCCACCAUCUUUCCAGCAAGGCUUUCCUAUUUUCUCAGCAUCAGACCCGCUCUCCGUGUAUGGACAAUCUGACGUUUAUGACGGGAACGCCCAAUUGAAUAUGCAGUCACAAGAUCCGCGUCUUGGUAUGUGGCAGGAUGCCAAUGCUGCAUUUGGAAAUGACAUCACUAGUCUCCAAGCGGACCUGGCGCAAGUUUUUAAUCCUACCCCUAAUCCUGGUCAGAGGAUAAGUCGCUAUGGUGCAGUACAUGUUGGGAGCCAAGAGCCAGACAAGGGCUCAAGGGAUUUCCCGACGGCCGACAACGUCAAUGGGCGAAAGUUCUAA